AUUUUUUAUUAAACUAAAUGACAGACUAUUCAUAUAAAUAUCGAAGUAACUUUUCCUCUGGACAAGGCAUCUGCUCUCCUUCAGGAUACUCUGAACCCACAAGCCCUAUUGGCCCUCCAUCUCAUCUUAGUCCCUAUUGUUAUGAUCGACCUCAGUUGGAACAUCCUUAUAAUGGUAUGCCCUACUAUGCAAAUGUUACAUCUACUCCGGAUUAUGUUGCACCAGAUCACGAAAGCCAUCCUCCGCCUAGUCUUCUAAUGUUACCUUCACAAGGUUUUCCCUUCCCAUCAGGUACUCCUUCUCCCGACUCCUCGUCUUUUUCAAGCUCGUCUGUGGAUCACUUUAAUAUGCUCAACUUUGAAAACUCUGUUUACAUCUGUUCCGAUGGCGGCAUGAAUACUUAUGAAUGCAAGUCCGAUAAUAGUUACUCUUGUGAGGUACAAGGGCCAAAGAAUAGUCAAAAUGAAGCUAACUUGACGGUACCUCAAAUGAAACAGAAUUUCAAUGAAAAGUCUCAAAUAACCAAAAAGCAAGAUAACAAAAGAAUGCCACAUGCUAAUCAGCCCGUUCAUCUCAAGCAAAAGACAAAAAAGAAAUGUGCUAAUUGUCAAACGAAGGAGUCUCCUUCUUGGAGACGCAGUAUAGCAAAAGAAACAAAAGGAAAGCUUCUCUGUAAUGCUUGUGGUCUCUAUGAAAAGACUACUAAAAGAAGACGUAUGCUGGUUACGAACGAAGACAAUUUAACAAAGGUUAUACGCAAACGAGAUGCUCGUGUCUACUGCUGCGCUAUCUGCGGAACAAAGAACGCUUGUCACUGGAGAACUAUAAAGGAGAUAAUCAAGUGCGAACCAUGUCAUCGUUCCGGUUUUUAGCUUUUCUUCUUCUUCUUCUAUUUUUCCCCUCUUCUUUAGGAUCAUUUUAAGAAU